CUAUCUACUACUCGCUCUUCCAAACUUGGGGCCAUUGUGCACCUGUCCUCUCGCUCUUUCAUCUUGCUUUAAUUAUUCGACUUAGCCCGCCCUUUUACCCUUUAACUAUUAAUUUUUGGUUUAAUCGAUUGAGAGCUUUUCGUUCAAAAAGCGAUAAUGCGAUAUUCUACGGCUCUCAGUGUGCUGGGUGGCAUCGCUGCCCUCAGCAGCUUCGCCGUAGCCCACCCGUUCCUCCCAUCGGUCCUGUCCAAGCGGGAUUCCCCGGAUAAUACUUGUGGGAAUUUAUUCGCUGGGGCGGGUAAUAAUUAUACCUGUGGCCCCACGAAUAUUGGGACGUGCUGCUCGCAGUAUGGGUAUUGUGGUGCCACCUCCGAUUACUGCGGGACCGGGUGCCAGGCAGCAUAUGGGAAUUGUACGAGUUCCGGCGGCGGCGGCGGCGGCGGAGAUACGCCUACUGACCCGAAUCUAUGCGGUCCUACGAACGGGAAUAAUAGUUGCGUAACAGGAUCUUGCUGCUCAGCCAAUGGCUACUGCGGGACAACAUCUGAUUACUGCCUCCCAGCAAACGGCUGCCAACCUGCAUACGGAACCUGCAACUCAACCAGCACCCCCGGCGGCGGCAGCGACGAUCGCUGCGGUCCAGCUGGCGGGAACCAAGUCUGCUCCAACAACAGAUGCUGCAGCCCAGCAGGCUACUGCGGCACCGGAUCGGAUUACUGCAAGUCUCCAGACUGCCUCCGAGGCUUCGGAGUCUGCGACAGUGACCAGACACCCUCCGGCGCUUCCACCGCGGGGCUAGCCAGACCGGAGCUCGGCUCCGUGCCUUACGGCGAGGACAUCUACGACUGUGGAUACCCUGGCCAUGUCGCGCUGACGUACGACGACGGUCCGUACACAUACACUAAUGAUUUACUGGACCUGCUCGCAGCCUACGGCUUCAAGGCUACUUUCUUCAUCACUGGGGUCAAUAAUGGAAAGGGCGCUAUUGAUUCCACACCUGCGUGGACGAGUGUGAUACAGAGGAUGGUGACGGAUGGGCAUCAGAUUGCGUCGCAUACUUGGAGUCAUGCGGAUUUGUCCUUGCUCUCAGAUGCUGACCGGGAGACGGAGAUGAUCAAGAAUGAGAUGGCGCUCCGGAAUAUCUGUGGGAAGGUGCCGACUUACAUGAGGCCGCCAUUCUCGUCUUGCAAUGCUGCUUGCAAGGCCACUAUGAAAAAACUUGGCUACCACAUCACAUACUUUGACUUUGACACCCAGGAUUACUUGCACACCACCCCCGAGACAAACCAGAUCUCCAAGGACGUGGUGCAUAAUCUCCUCGCUGGCACCGAUAGCACCACUCAGGACUUCUUGGCCAUUGCUCAUGAUAUUCAUUAUCAGACGGUACAUAAUCUUACCACAUACAUGUUUGAUCAGAUGGUUCAGUAUGGCUAUCAAGGUGUCACUGCAGGAAGGUGCCUGAACGAUCCUGAGGCCAAUUGGUACAGAACCUCCGGAACGACGAGUAAGUAAAGAUUUCAGUUGUAUCCCGUUGGUUGUGGAAAGGGUUGGAGAAGAGUUGUAAAUCCAUAGUUCCAUUGUACAAGAGUCACGGAAAAUCUACAUAAUUUUUUUGAGA